AUGGGAGUCUCGCACAGUGGGCACGGCUCUAUCUGGCAUGAUAUCCAGGUGCGCUUUGAAAACCGAAUCCAUAAUGUUUGGUUGACCGAUGCCGAAUGCAAAGAACACGAGGAGAUCAAUCGCUCUGCAGCUUGCGAUAUCAUACUCGCAGAUAUUCAGGAUCCACUGAGCCUUAUGGGAGGUGCAACCCUCUCGCUUCCCUUCGAUAUGCCUAAUCGCAGCCACAGAGCCGUUUUUGGUAGAGCCCUGGGUCUUCUUACCAAUCUUGCCGAAGAGAGUGCUCUUUCAGCCGACCUAGAUUACUGUAAUUGGUUGGCUGAUGAGAUCGAGCAGCUGCAUCCCACUGUCACUCGUUUACAUCAAGGAACGCGGCGUGCACCGAAACUAAACUGUGCUUCGGUAGGCUCCUCUACGAAUAUUCUGAAUGAUGGUCACAACUUGCAAUCUCCGAGCUCAGAGACUGCAAGCAGCAAAUCAAGCUCAGUGAUUCGCCCAAGUACUCAAGGAUACAGGAGUGGUUCUUCGUCAAAUGGAUUAUCAACGCAGGUUGGCUCGCUGUCGACUGUCGAUAUCAUGGAUUACACCAAGUCUGAUGACAUAUAA